CAAUGUGGGAUCAUCGUGAGGGACAGCCGUCGUAAUCGAAAUACUACAAUCGACUUGAUUGUAUCGAAGUGUGGUUUAUGUUAUGCUAAGAUUAAUCAUGUCAGAGUAUGAUGUGGUGAAAGGUUUACGGGUUGUUCGUGAACGAGUACGAGCAGCAAGCCAGAAAAGAGCACCUGAACUGCAGAAAGUGCAACCUAGACUUGUGGCUGUUAGCAAGACAAAACCCAAAGAUCUCAUUCUUACAGCUUAUGAACAUGGUCAAAGAAAUUUUGGAGAGAAUUAUGUCCAGGAGCUUGUUGACAAAGGUCAUGACACAGAGAUUAUAGAUAAAUGUUCAGAGAUCAAGUGGCACUUCAUCGGCCACCUGCAACGGAACAAAGUGAGCAAAGUUGUGUCUGUUCCUGGCCUGUACUUGGUGGAGACUGUUGACACUGAUAAACUGGCAACUGCUUUAGAUGUGGCGUGGACCAAACAGAAAGGACAGGGUGCAAGACUCAAGGUUAUGGCACAAAUUAACACAAGUGGAGAGGAUGAGAAGAAUGGCUGUGCUCUAGAGGAAGCGACACAACUUGUGAAACAUAUUUUAGAUAAAUGUCCCAGUCUGGAGCUAAUUGGGCUCAUGACGAUAGGAAAAUUUGGUCAUGAUUUAUCUCAGGGACCAAAUCCAGAUUUCAUUUGUUUGAAGAAAGUUCAAGGUGAAGUUUGCCAAGCUCUUGGUAUUGGUAUAGACAAUCUAGAGCUCUCCAUGGGGAUGUCAGAUGACUUUGAACAUGCAAUUGAAAUGGGAAGUACAAAUGUUCGGAUCGGAAGCUCAAUAUUUGGACAUCGAGACAAGAAGUAUAGUGUUACGAAUACAGAUACUGUUUCAAAGGGGAUAGAAAAUGAUACUGUAAGUUAAGAGUGUGACAAUAUUGCAGGUGGCCGACAGAAGAUGGUGGUUUUAUAAACCAAUAAGUAUCAAACUAAUGGAAAAUAUAUCUAUUACAAGAGUGGUACUUGCUCUAAAUACAUGUGGAUUAAGUGUGCAGUGUCAGUUUACCUUUCAAAUAUUAUAUAAUUCAAAUAAAUCCAUCUUCCUCUACAGUACAUUGUCAAAGUCUCAUUGUAAAGCUGUCGACAAUGUGAUGUAGGAUGUCUAGGUUAAUGGCUUCAAAUUCCUGUCUAAUUCAGGUUCUCUGGUUUUGAAUGGAGUGAAUAUGAGUUGAAAUACCUUUAUGUAUAAGUAAGCCCAUAAGUCUGGAACUGCCCAAAGGACCUUGGUGUCCAAGGCAAGGUUCCAGAAGAGAUUUGAUUCAGUCAUGAAAUAUGCUGUGCAGAGCCGUGUGGGUCAUGGCCACGGCCUACUGAAACAUUGUCAUAUAUUGAUGCAAUUCAAAAAUGAGGAAUUUCCCAGUAAUUUUAUGUAAUUCUCAGUUUACUGUUAACAUUGUCUUAUCACCACACCAAAUGAUCCAACACUGCAUCAAACAGAAAUAACUAGAACUCACUGAACUAUUCUCAAGUGUUCAGCCACAUGAGAAUGAAGUCCACAAUAUAUUCACAUGGGCCACAUGUGUCACAACUGAUGGUGUAUAUAAUAUAAGUUGCAAACAAUGAAAAGUACAUGUGAGAGAGGCUGUGAAACAACAUUAUGUAUGCAAAAUCAUAUGCCAGAAAACUCUCAAGGAAGUAGAUUCAAUUCAGUACUUCAACAGUGGUUCCCAGUUAUACUGAAGCUGUCUCAUUUGAGGACAUAGUCAAUUUGUCUCAGCUACUUCAAAACAUGAGUUACUUUUUGAAACUGGUUUUGGAACAAACUAAAAACCAGAAAAUCACAAUACAUCUUAAUUUCAGAAUUUUCUUAACAUUCAUUGGUUUUGUUAACAAAGAAUAUCUGGAAACAGCUUAGUAUGUAUUGAAUUCACAAGAACAUACAUGGACUGUGCAUUAAAAAUUCUUACAAAUC